AUGCUGACGUGUCUCUUUUCGGCUGCUAAAAACGCAGGAAGUCGCCCGGUAGACGGUCGCCAUGUUGAUCUAAUCAGAUUAACACCUUGCUUCUCGGCAUGCGUUGGAAAUGGCGGCCAAAUUAUGGAAUUGGUGGCAAGAGGCCAGAGGAUACUUUGGCGGGAAGCGAGGGACGAAAACCAAUCUAUCUUUCUUCGAUUUCUUCAAUCUUCCAAUAGAUUUGUCAAAUUUUCCUUCGUCUCUCCUCGCGUAUUCAAAUCUUUCAUCAUUUUUUCAUCUAUCUAUCUAUCUAUCUAUCUAUCUAUCUAUCUAUCUAUCUAUCCCAGUCUGUUCGUUAUCUAUCUAUCUAUCUAUCUAUCUAUCUAUCUAUCUAUCUAUCUAUCUAUCUCAGUCUGUUCGUUAUCUAUCUAUCUAUCUAUCUAUCUAUCUAUCUAUCUAUCUAUCUAUCUAUCUCAGUCCGUCCUUAUCUAUCUAUCUAUCUAUCAUUCUCAUUUUGUUCAUUAUCUAUCUCUCUGUCUAUCUAUCUAUCUAUCUAUCUAUCGCAGUCUCUUCAUAUCUACUAAGCUUUACUCUACUCGCUUCAUAUCUAUCUAUCUAUCUAUCUAUCUAUCUAUCUCCUCCGUCUUUCCCCCCUCUCUCUCUUCUGUUCGUAUCUAUGUCUUAUUGUAUGGAAAUCAAUUUCUAUCUAUCUAUCUAUCUAUCUAUCUAUCACAUAUUUGCCUAUCUAUCUAUCUAUCUAUCUAUCUAUCUAUCUAUCUAUCACAUGAUUGCCUAUCUAUCUACCUAGCAACCUAUCUAUCUAUCUAUCUAUCUAUCUAUCUAUCUAUCUAUCUAUCUAUCACAUAUUUGCCUAUCUAUCUAUCUAGCAAUCUAUCUAUCUAUCUAUCUAUCUAUCUAUCUAUCUAUCUAUCUAUCUAUCUAUCACAUGAUUGCCUAUCUAUCUACCUACCAACCUAUCUAUCUAUCUAUCUAAUCAGUUGUUAUUUCACCCGUUUUCAACUGGCCCUACCCUUACCGCCCGGAAAUUUGGCCAGAGGAUGUCUUCCGGCCAGCGACGCAUUCAAAUUGACCUUCACCACUCCCAAACCGGUCCGUCCUGACAAACCGAUCGACCCCACUUUGAUCCGCGGCCAUUAG